CGCGGACUGUUCGCUGUCGCGUGGACCAGUAGACCACCGAGGGAGGUGAUCCCAUUGGAACCUGGGGAAGGGGAGAGGAGGGAGAAAAAGUUCACUACUAGGAAGAAGAAUGGAUGCAGCCCUGAUUGGCAAAAGCAAAAAGAGGAAGCAGCCACAAAAUGAAUUUGUUAGAGGAUCUGGGGAAGAUAUAGCCAGUGGGGAUCCAGAUGAUGAAGAGAGUCAGCCUAAGUGGAAGAAAGCCCGCUUACCCACCAAGUUAUUUGUUAACAACUAUGAAAUAAGCCAUGACCAGCUACGGGAACUGCUGAAAUCUGCAGCAUUGGGAAAACUGUCCAUAUCUGCUGAACAAGGGGCUCCUAACCUGAGCUGGUGCCAUCUUUCUCACCCAAAGCAACUGAACAGUGUGGUGGUUAUUGUUCUUCAAGGAGUGAGUCAGCUGCACUUCUACAAGUUCUUUUUGCAGUUCAAACAUCUCCGAAAGGCAUUCAGACAUAGAUUCCGUUUGCCUGCUCCAUCAGCCAAUUUUCUAGCAGAUGUCAUUGGGGAACAGCCUAAUGGAAAUAAAGAAGAAAGAAUCCUGCCUACACCCAGUACCAUGCAAGUGUCAUCAUCUCCUCUUGCCAAUCCACAAGCCAUCACAGACUUGCACAAUGAUCCCAUCAUUCAAAAAUAUGGAUAUGACAAAGUAGGUUUGGUCAGAUGCCUAUUGACCAAAGAAGAGAUGAAAAAAUUUGACUUUCCACUCCAAGGGUUAGCUACCUGUAAAAACUUUGUUCCCACUGAAUGUGUUGGUCCAGUCAGCGACAGCAGUCCCCUUUUUGGCCUAGACUGUGAAAUGUGCCUUACACCAAAUGGGAAUGAACUCACCCGAGUCUCAUUGGUUGAUGCAGAAGGUCGCUGUGUCAUGGACGAACUCGUCAAACCUGACAACAAGAUUCUGAACUACCUCACCAGGUUCUCAGGCAUCACACGGAAGAUUCUUAAACCUGUGACAACCAGACUCAGAGAUGUCCAGGUCAAGUUAAAGAAGCUGCUCCCACCGGAUGCGGUAUUAGUGGGCCAUUCCUUAAAUGCAGACCUUAAAGCCUUACAAAUGAUACAUCUCAAUGUUAUUGACACUUCAUUGCUUUUUGUCAGAGAUUUGGGACGAAGGUUUAAGCUCAAGUUCUUAGCCAAGGCUGUUUUAGGGAAGGAAAUACAGUGCCCUGACAGGGUUGGCCACGAUUCCACAGAAGAUGCUAUUGCAACUCUUGAACUGGCUCAAUAUUUUAUCAAACAUGGCCCACGGAAGAUUGCAGAGAUGAAGCUAGAUACAGCAGUUCACUCUCAACAAUCGUUGGCAAGUCCAAAACAGAGAAAUACAUUGUCCUUGUGCCCCAGCGGACCCAAUAAAGAAGCUUCAUCAGAUGCUAUGUGGCAAAAGAAUGCAGGUAUUUUAGAGUGUUUGGACUUGACUGGUCAGAAGCUCCUUUUCCUGUCCCAGAAGGCAGGUGGAAAUACAUUUACAUCUUCCAGAUUCUGCCGAAGUAUUCUGUGUACUUCUGAUGAGGAGGUUCUAGAGCAAGCCCAAGCAGAGGUCCCCCUGUCAUCCUUCAGCAUCAUCCAGUUUUCACAGUGCCCACAUCCUCUUCCCCACAGCCUCACUGUUGAGAUGCAUCAAAAGAUGAAAAUCAAGUGGGCAGAGAUGUCAACAGUAUAUGCAGGGCCAUUUGGGGAAAAUUUCUGUCUCAAGCCUCUGAAGAAGUUGUUUGCAAGCUUUGGCCCUGUCCAUUCAAUGGAAGUCAUUCUUGAAACUGAUGAGCCCUAUCUUUGCAUCCACUAUGGAGUGCUAGAAGCUGCCCAGCUGGCCAUAGAGACCUUGAAUGGUGCAUGUGUCCAAGGGUCUCGGAUCAAGGUGCAGAGGCCAGUCCAAGAGCUCACCCUGGACUGUGACACCAUAGUGAGUACCCUGGAAACAGAUCCUGAGAAUGAAAGUGCCAUUUAUGUGAAUGGAAUGAAAGAAAGCUAUACUAAAGAGGACAUGUCCCAGAAGUUUAGUCUUCUGCCCAGUCUGGAAGCUAUCUUCUUGCCUGUGGAUCCUCAAAGCAAAAAACACAAGAAGUAUUGCUUUCUGAAAUUUAGAAGUUUUGAAUGUGCCCAAAGUGCUCUGAAAAUUCUACAGGGCCCAACUGGCCUCAACUGGAAGCUGGUGUGCAGGAAAGCCCUGACCCCCAACCACCUUCAUGAGUGGAUCUGUCACUCCUCUCCUGAUCCAAGAAGCCCACAAGUAUCUGAUGUUGUCCCACUAGAUCCAAAGGAAAAGUCUCCCUCAGGAAAUAAGUCACCACAGGGAGAAGAAUUGAAGAUAGCCAUGAGUCGGUUAGAUGAGAGGGUCAGGAAGCUCCAUGAGAGGCUGCCACCCAGCACUCUGUGCAUCGUCCUUCUGCCAGGAAUGCAAAGUGUUCAUGGAUCAUCAGCCGGCCUGGGACUGAUAUCAAUGAAUGACGAUGAUAUGAAAAGUGCCACCCCAGAGGGACUUUAGUGGGUCCCCAGCCAGGACCGACAACUCCUUUCUGCUACCAUUUCCCACUCUGUAGCAUCACUGGAAAACAAGAAAAUGAAUCAUCGGUCCACCUUUAACUGCCAGUUGCAUACACAUGGGUGGCACAAGUUGGGGUAUUGGUAAAGCAGGCAAAUACUUUGAACAUCAGUUAUUUCUCAAUUUAUGGGAGAAAUGUAGGGGGUUGGCCCCAACAAGGCAGAUUUCUUUAAAGGAAAUCCUAUUAUAACCCCUGUCUGAAAUUGGAUAUAUAUCCCAAGGGGAAAAAUCCAAAAGACUUACUACAUAAGCCUUUUGAAGAAGGCAUUAAAUGGAGGCCAGGUCUGUAUCCAUGACAUCUUAUGCUAUGGAGAUGCUUUUGCAAUCCUGUCCCAGCUCAGCACAACCCCAUCUUUAGGUAAUAAGAAUCUCCAGACAUGGGAGAAAUCCUAAGAUCUUAGUAUUUACAGGCUCCAGGAGAACUCGGGCUACAAUAUUUCACUUCACUAGCAGGUAUCUCCAUCUAAUAUAGAUGUUUUUAACUGAGGAUCCACAGACCUCAAAGGGAUGUGAACUUGGAUGGAAAAAAAUUACAUUUUUUUUUACUAACUUUUGAUUUCUUUUGUAAUCCUUUGUAUUAUAUUUUAUGUGUUUAAAAUCAUUCUGAGAAGGGGCAUGUGGGUUUAACCAGAAUUCCAGGGAUGUUUGGCCAAAAAAAAAAACAAAAAACAAAAAAAUUUAAGACCUUUGAUCUAAAACCUGAUAAUCUUCCUCCUGGAAUUUUCUUAGGUUCACAUCAAACUAGUAAAAAAAAAAAAAUCAGUGUUUACUUAAUAUUUUAAAUUGGAAAUCCAGUGAAAUGAACUCCUAUAAUGCCUUGCACAUAGAAGGCACAAAUGUUUUUAUUCAAUCCAUGACCAUUUAUAAUAGCUAACAUUUAUAAAGCACUAUGUGCCAGUCACUUUACACUCAUCUGGUCCUCAC